UCUCGAAGGGGCGUUAUCCGAUCCUCGCACUUCAGCUGGAAACCCGACUGAUCGACCGCAGUGGCAACUUUUCAACAUAAUCGAUAUCGAUUUAAUAAAUAGGUGAACUUUUACUCGCGUCGCAGUAUGACAUUGUCACUCCAGCGUUCUCAAGAUUCGUAAAAAUUCGUGAAUAAAUGGCACUUCUGACAUGCUCUUGGUAUCUUCGUAUCCUAGCUGAUGCAAGUUGCAACCGAAUUUUGUACCACGUGGUUUUCGUGCCGGCUUGGCAAAUUACAGUGCAUACCAGUUGCUUGUGACACGCUGACGGUGCAGGAUGGCAAAACAGUUGGGGGACCGAAUCUUGGAGCACUUGGACGAGCAUGGCGUGACAAACUCACUGGAGCUAGCGGACGAGUUUCACGAGGAUCAUCAGAAGAUCAUAGGAGCUAUCAAGAGCCUGGAGGCGAUCGGUGACCUGAUCGUAGUAAAACCAGUCUCCAAGAAGAAAUGGGAGACUACAGCCGAAGGGCAAUACAUAAUAGAGCAUGGCAGCCAUGAAGCAGCUGUUUAUAAUGCUGUUCCCGCUGGAGGAAUAUCCCAGGCAGAACUCAUGAAAUCUGUGCCCUAUGUGAAAGUAGGAUUUUCCAAAGCGAUGGUUGCUGGGUGGAUUGAGCUGGAUAAAACUGGGAGUACUCCUAUCGUUCGUAAAAAGGUAUCGUCUAUUGAAGAUACUAUACGGACACAUCUGAAAGAUCUUGCAAAUAUCCCGGAGAAUAUUAAGACAGAAUAUAAGAAAAGAAAGCUUCUGCAAGAAGUAGUGAUUAAAAUUAUGCAUUUGGAAAAAGGACCGAAUUUUUCAACGAAGAUUGAAAAGCUAGAGGCGGACCUGACAUCAGAUCUAAUGUUGAAUGGUGCUUGGAAAAGCAAAAAGUUCAAACCGUACAAUUUUGAGGCUUUAGGUGCGGCGCUUCAAAUCGGACACUUGCAUCCACUGUUGAAAGUUCGCCAUGAAUUCAGGAAGAUCUUUCUGGAAAUGGGAUUCACAGAGAUGCCAGCAAAUAAUUACGUGGAGAGCUCCUUCUGGAACUUUGACGCUCUUUUCCAGCCGCAGCAACAUCCCGCUCGUGAUGCGCACGACACCUUUUUUAUUUCUGAACCACGCGUCAGCACAAAAUUCCCCAUGGAAUAUCUCGAAAAAGUAAAGACAGUGCACAGUAAGGGAGGGUAUGGGUCCCAAGGUUACAGAUACGACUGGAAAUUAGAAGAGGCACAGAAGAACCUGCUGCGCACCCACACGACCGCCGUUAGCGCGCGGAUGUUACAUAAACUCAUGCAAGAGGGAGAGUUCAAACCAGUGAAGUAUUUCAGUAUCGACAGGGUAUUCCGUAAUGAGACUCUGGACGCGACGCACCUCGCCGAGUUCCAUCAGAUCGAAGGCGUCGUCACUGAUUACGGUCUCACACUGGGCGAUCUUAUCGGUACCUUGUAUGAAUUCUUUAAGAAGCUCGGCAUCACUCAGCUUCAAUUCAAGCCCGCGUACAAUCCGUAUACUGAGCCAAGUAUGGAGAUAUUCUGCUAUCACAACGGUUUGAAGAAGUGGAUCGAGAUCGGCAACAGCGGCAUGUUUAGGCCGGAAUUGUUAUUGCCGAUGGAUUUACCGCCCGAUGUCAAUGUCAUUGGCUGGGGUCUGUCGUUGGAGAGGCCAACGAUGAUUAAAUACGGCUUGAACAAUAUACGUGACCUUGUUGGGCCAAAAGUAGACAUGGAAAUGGUUCACAACAAUCCUCUAUGUCGAUUAGAGAAAAUUAGUCGCCAAAUGACUUAUUUUCAACGAAAAUCACAAGAACAGGACGACAGAUCGAUUAGAGAGCAAUCGAGGCAAGAAGCGAAAGUCACGGCAAAGAAUGCAGAAAUCUUGCAGAAUCGUGCAGAAAAAUCGGAAUUUUCUAAGCAGAAGCUUAUCAUAUUUUGCGAUCCGAGUUAUCCAAUUUAUUUCCUCGAGUCUUUCUUACGUUUCAUAAGUCCACAUUUUACUGCUACCGUGUCAACACACGUACACUCUACAGUAACAAAUUUCCCUAAUGAACUUGCAAGUUUUUGUUCACAUUUUUCCAACGUUAACGCGGACGCGGACAUAUCUCUAAUUCUGAUUUGGAAGACUAUUGGGGUUGAUCCUGUUAUGGUGCCAUCCCAGGGAAUGUAUGAAAUUUGGGGGGUAAUAAAUAUCGCACGAUAUUUGAAUCGCCUAAUCGAGUCGGCUAAUGUCAACGUAUUAAAAUACGAACGAAAUGGCCCGUUUUAUGCUAAUGAGAUAGACUCUUAUUUAGAGAAAAUACAUUGUACUUUGUAUAAUGGGAAUGUUGGUACAUUGAAGAUUCGUAAAAAGUCACGUUACGUGAUGGGCGAUAAUAUCUCCAUAAUCGAUAUCAUUCUUGAAUCUAUUGACAAGUAUAAAGUAAAGAGAGAAAGUAUAAAGUAAAGUAGUUAUUUUGUGCAUACAAGUAAAACUUUUGUUUUUCAACAAAACCAUUUCAAAAUAUAUUGUUUUAAUAUGCUAGCAGUGACAGUGAUAAGUAACAUAAUCGCCUUUUUUAAAUUUAAAUAACGGUGUAUGCAUUAUUUAAUAUUUAUAUAUUUUUUGCAAAGAAAGAGAGAAAAUGUAAUAUUAUAUACAUACAUGUUUACGUCUACACAUAUAAGAAUAUUGUAACAUUAAGUUGCAUACACAUAUAUUGUAUAUUGGAAAUUUUUUUAAAUUAAUAAAAGCAAUUCAGUAUAUUUGAGAAUUAAAUUAAAACAUUUAAUUUGAAAAUGCAGACGGAUAUUUAAAAUAUUUCUGUUUGCCUGCAACUUAAGAAAUACAGAUUAUUGUUUUA